AUUGUCUAGACUCGGGCCCCUUCCUUGAUUUGCGCUUGACUGACCAGCAAGACUUUCGUCUUCAUCAACACUGGAGUUAAGCUCGUCUGUCCCCGACUCUGCCGGCGUCGAAAUUGCUUUACUCCGUUCAUUUUCAGUCGGUUCCUUCCUUUUCCGACGAUCAGUUUUUGGCCAUCGCGUUUAUCCGAUUAUCUCGUUAUUAGCCCUGUGGCAGGAUAAGAGAUAUAUAUGUAUUGGUGUGUUUCUGUCGAUGGGCUAUCAGAACAUAGGCUCCCGUUACGCAGCAUAUUCGUGGCGACUCUUCUCCAAUUGCCUAGCUUUAGCGGUGUCUCACAACUCAGAUUCUCGUUUACUCUACUCGGUCAUAUAGGGAUGAGUUGCAUUUGUGUGUCAGCUUCUCUCCGCUUUCUUAGCCAGUUGGUGUAAAGUCAGAAUUUCAUCCUUUUUUACCUGUUACUUUUGAUAUCAACAUUCCUGCCUCUAAAACACCAUUUUUGUGUUAAGAGUUUGCAUUGAGAGAUACAUGGGGCUAACACAUCGGUGAUUUAGGUUUCUUGCAGAAGUUGUAAUUAGCAAAUGACUGUAUGCUACUAGCUGAAACAAGAUUAUUUUUGUUACGCGACUCCAUGAAAUAGAUUAUCAUCUUCCAAUUUAAGUGAUCGACACUAAUCGAAGAAGAUAUACGGAAUAUUCCUAUGCUCUUCAGUUUUCAUCAUUAUGAAAGAGAUGCACUUCAGAAAGAGAAGGAUCAUUUUAUUCGUCCUUCUCUUAGCGGUCUCUAUAGCUGUCACCACUCUAUCAUACACAACGCUGCGAAUCUCCAAUGAGGACGUGAUUAAACACCAUCAACCGAUGAACCUACCUAGGGUUCGGUCAUCAAGCUCACAGGUCACAGAAUCUUCCUCUGCACUAAUUCCUCACUGUGAGGCCCAUAAACACGUGGCAUAUAUCAAGACGCAUAAGACUGGCUCUACCACGCUGGAAACCAUUUUCAACCGGUUUGGUUUCAUUUACAAUUCCUCAUUUAUCUUCAAUAGGAACGAUUUCUUUGGACACUUCGAAGCAAUGGACUUCCGGGAUGCUGCCACGGAGAAACAUUUUCUACCACCCCUAGGAGUUGGCAAAGGAGAUUACGCGAGAUACAAGAACUACGAUACGUGUGCGAUUCACGUGCGGUUUUAUCGCGACACAUUUAUUAAGUACAUGGCCAACGAUACCCUUUAUGUUUCAAGUGUUCGCGAUCCAGCCGACCAGUGGGAGUCGGCCUUUAAUCAAUUUGGAUUCCGAAAAGCAAUCUCACGACUUGCUGAUGCUAAUAAGAAGAUGAUUGCCAUAGGCGACUACCUAAAAGUGCCCUUUAAUGACGCAAAUUCUACACUUGAUGCAAUUAACGAAUUCCUCCGCAAACCCGAAGUAUACCAUAAUGCAUUAAAUGGUGAGGACUGGCAUUUUGCUCACAACGACCAGGUGUUCGAUUUAGCCACCGAUCUCGAAAUGAAACAGCUUAAAAAUGAAACGCUUGUUAAUCGCACAAUCGACCGACUAGUUGACGAGCUGGACAUGGUAAUCGUAAACGAGUACUUCGAUGAAUCCUUGCUUGUCAUGAAGAAAGCCUUGUGCUGGGACUUUAACGAUAUCUUAUACAUUUCGCAGAACAAGCGAGCUGUAAAAGACACCAUGCCGGAGGAAACACGCGCUAAAAUCCGGGCAUGGAACCACGCGGAUACGUUACUUCACUAUCGCUUCAAUGAAACUCUGUGGAAAAAAAUCAAAGCUUACGGACCGAAAUUCCAAAUAGACUUGGAGCAUUUUAGACAAAUGUUGAGUGAUAUCAAGUCAAAGUGUUCCGACAUCAGCAAACCGGUGGAUCAUGGGUAUAAUUCUGUAGUUCUACAGACAAGAGCAAAGGCUAAUUCUACCUCGUUGUGUAAGAUGGUCGCAGGGGGUUUUGCGGAUACAUUCCGGAGAGUGUUUAACAGACAGAAAGACAGUGGUUUUGCCUUUUAGAUUCAUCGAUGUUUACAUCGUUAAAAUCAUUGAACUGAUUUGGUGUUUAGUAUAUUGAUUCAGGAGUGACAUAAAUAUUGCUGUUAUCAUCGGUAAAUUGUAGAGGUAACGAUGUAUUAUAAUCUUUGGAGGAUAUGUUAAUAGAUACGUCUAAAAGAUAAGGGUAUGGGGAAUUUUUGAUAUUUUCUAGUUUUGGAAAUAUAACCACAAUACCUUUAUUCGAUGUGAUACGUUAUGAGAGACUCCAUCUCAGAAGGAGAUAAUGUUCGUACGUACAAUGAACCGGGCAGACACUGCUAGUCUAUGGGUCAGUACUUUGGUGUAAUAUGCAUCGAAAUAUUAUGCCGUUUAAUCUGUUGGGAUGUUACAAUACCACGUCAAAAUAAUACUGUUGCUAAUAAUGUUUGAUCGUUAUACCAGGGAUGGGUGUGAAAUUGGUUUACAACUUAUAAUCAUUAAUUAUAUGUAGGUAUAGGGAGUGACCGCAUCAUUGACAUUGAGUACAGAGAAAGAAAUGUCAUGUUUAGAUAACAACUUUUAACUAUUUCGUCGAAAAGGGGGAAAGUUUUUUUCAUAGGUUUAAUUGUCUUAUUAGCGGCUGAAGACAUUUUGCUUUGGCCAUCGCUAUCAUAAUGUGUAUUGAUGGGUUUUAUUAUACAGGGUGAGUCAGAAAAGUUAUGUUGUUUUUAAAGUUUGACUAUUUAA